GAGCUGCCCGGGCGCCGAGAUCCGAGCGACGCGGUGUCUGAGCAGAGUGCGGCGGGCUGCAAGUUGGCGGGCGGCGGCAUGUUCAGCUGGCUGGGACGGCAGGCGGGCGGGCGCGAGCGCUCGGGCGGCAUGGACGCGGUGCAGACGGUGACGGGCGGCCUGCGCUCGCUCUACCAGCGCAAGGUGCUGCCGCUGGAGGAGGCGUACCGCUUCCACGAGUUCCACUCGCCUGCGCUGGAGGACGCGGACUUCGAAAACAAGCCCAUGAUCCUGCUGGUGGGCCAGUACAGCACGGGCAAGACCACCUUCAUCAGAUACUUACUGGAGCAAGAUUUCCCCGGCAUGAGAAUUGGUCCGGAGCCGACCACAGAUUCCUUCAUUGCUGUGAUGUACGGGGAGACCGAGGGAAGCACCCCUGGGAACGCCUUAGUUGUGGAUCCCAAAAAGCCAUUCCGAAAGCUUAGUCGCUUUGGAAAUGCUUUCCUUAACAGAUUCAUGUGCUCGCAGCUGCCCAACCAGGUUCUGAAGAGCAUCAGCAUCAUCGACAGCCCCGGCAUCCUGUCCGGGGAGAAGCAGCGCAUUAGCCGAGGGUAUGACUUCUGCCAGGUCCUACAGUGGUUUGCUGAGCGGGUUGACAGGAUCAUCCUACUCUUUGACGCUCACAAACUGGACAUCUCGGAUGAGUUCUCAGAGGCGAUCAAGGCCUUCCGGGGCCAGGAUGACAAGAUCCGAGUGGUCCUGAACAAGGCUGACCAAGUGGACACCCAGCAGCUGAUGCGAGUCUAUGGGGCCCUCAUGUGGUCUCUGGGCAAGGUCAUCAACACGCCCGAGGUGCUUCGAGUCUACAUUGGCUCGUUUUGGGCACAGCCUCUGCAGAACACAGACAACCGCCGGCUCUUCGAGGCUGAAGCACAGGACCUCUUCAGAGACAUCCAGAGCCUGCCCCAGAAGGCUGCAGUGCGCAAACUCAAUGACCUCAUCAAGCGGGCGAGGCUGGCCAAAGUACAUGCCUACAUCAUCAGCUAUCUGAAGAAGGAAAUGCCAAACGUAUUUGGAAAAGAAAGUAAGAAGCGGGAACUUAUCUUCAGGCUUCCGGAAAUCUACGUGCAGCUGCAGCGAGAGUACCAGAUUUCUGCGGGGGACUUCCCUGAGGUCAAAGCCAUGCAGGAGCAGCUCGAGAACUAUGAUUUCACCAAGUUCCACUCGCUGAAGCCCAAGCUGAUCGAGGCCGUGGACAACAUGCUGACCAACAAGAUCUCCUCCCUGAUGAGCCUCAUCAGCCAGGAAGAAAUGAACACACCUACGCAGAUGGUGCAGGGUGGCGCCUUCGAUGGCACCACCGAGGGGCCCUUCAACCAGGGCUAUGGGGAGGGGGCCAAGGAGGGUGCCGAUGAGGAAGAGUGGGUCGUGGCUAAAGACAAGCCCGUGUAUGACGAACUCUUUUACACCCUAUCGCCCAUCAAUGGCAAGAUAUCAGGUGUCAAUGCCAAGAAGGAAAUGGUGACGUCCAAGCUGCCUAACAGUGUCCUGGGCAAGAUCUGGAAGCUGGCGGACUGCGACUGUGAUGGCAUGCUGGAUGAGGAGGAGUUCGCGCUGGCCAAGCACCUCAUCAAGAUCAAGCUGGACGGCUACGAGCUCCCGAACAGCCUGCCCCCGCACCUCGUGCCCCCCUCCCACAGGAAGUCCCUGCCGAAGGCUGACUGAGGGUGCACAGCUGGGGUGGGAAAGGAGGGGGUGCCUGGGUCUGAAGUCUGCCCUGCCACUGACUUGCUGAAUGUCCUUGGCCAAGGUUCUGUUCUCUCCGUAUCUCAGCUUCCUCAUGUAGGACGGGGAAGGGCAGAUACUGGAUGCUGUAUGAGGUCCCUUUACCUCUAAAAUUCCUAAAUUUCUAUCAAAAUAUUGAGAAGAGCACUAUAUAUGAAGAUUUAAAGUCUAAGAAGAAAAAGAGAUUAUCCAAAGAAAAAAAUGUAGAUGUGGACCCAGGCUGGGGAACUCAGGGAGUGAGCUGGGGACGCACUGAAAUCCAGGAUUGUGCUGAGCAGUCUGUUACCAUAAACCUCUCAGUUCUUCAAAGGGCACUGAGAGAAAAUAAUUUAUUUUUCAUACUUAUCUUUCUUUCUUGCUGUAUUUAGAGGGGGAGGGGAGCAGAACAGAGGGUUGUUUCUCUCUGUUGACUGACACCAAAGAGAAAGAAGAGUGAUACCCAGGUUUGAAAGAGGAUGUACCAUAUCUGUGUGUGCCCAGAGAGUAGGCAGCCAGGCCAGGAAAACCUGCCUUGUUCACGCACCUGCUGCAUGACCCUGCCAAGGUUCCUUCCAGCAAAGCUGGAUUCGGCUAGGAAUUUGGAAUUCACAUCCUCUGUCCACCCCUGGCAAGGACUGUAGCUGAUGUUUCAGAUCAUAAUGAAGUCUGAGGAUUGGCUUUUCUUCCCAGCUCACCCAAUAGGUUGCAGCAGAGUCAGUUUAUGAGACUCAAGAAAAGAGACAGUUCCCAUCUGUCACUAAGUGUGCCCUUCGGCCAUUGGAUGUCCCCAAGGCUUUUUGGUAGGCGACAGAAAAGUGAGUGGCAGAGUUUAAAUUCCAGAAGGCCAUGUCUUGAAUUGUGUAGUCCUAGAGACUCUGGGCCCAGGUACAGAGAGACUGGCCCCAUCCUGAGCUGUCAGUGGAGAUCAGUGUCUUGAUGAUUGGCACUGCUGUUUGAUUUUUAAAGAAAAAUGUGCAUUUUGUUGUGUCCAGUUGUGUUUUCCUCACAAGAUGAAGCUUUUCUGUAGAAAUCUUUUGUGUAACGCCUUGUCUUCCAAGCUAGUGUGCUGCUCAUCAGGAGUGCCUAUCUGGGGCCAGGAUUGGUCUGCGCACAUACCUCUCCCCAAGCCCUUGAAUUUC